AUGAUCAUCUUGUGGUUGAUAGGAUUUUCCUUCGCUUACGGCCAUUAUAUCGAAAAACCCUUUUUCACACGUAAUGAAAACAAUCACCGCCAGAAGCAGUGUGGAUUCCACUAUUUGCCUGCAGCAACCAAAGAAAAAGGACCGGCAUUCAUCUCAAUGGGAGGAAGAUUGGUAUAUCCAAACGAAUAUCCUUUUUCUGUUCACGUCAGUGAGAGUUGUUCUGGUGUGCUAAUAUCAAAACGCUAUGUGCUGACAGCAGCCCACUGCGUCGUAAAAUCGAAGAAUCAUAUGCAACAGAUACAGAUGUGUCGACGAGGACAUUGGAAUGCACACAGAGUUGAUAAGUGCGUCUUGGAACCAGCGGUGUUGAGAAUUUAUCCGGGAUCCGGAUGCCCUGAACCAGAAUCUUGCACACCAAAUAGAACUAUGUACAGGGGUAUUUCGAUAGUUCCUCAUCCAGAAUAUAACCUUUGCAAUUUUGCAAAUGAUAUAGCACUAAUUGAACUCGAGAAAGAUGUCUCAGAGGAAGACGGAGCACCCAUCUGUAUGCCUGAGGAGAAGGAAUUACUUUCCGAUGAGUUAGCUGUUGUAGGGUAUGGAGCUAACCCAAUGGCCAAAAAACCGUACGCGCCAGCAUUACGAGUAGUGAAGUUCAACAAAUACAGGCAGAGGAAUGGUGAAAUUAUCACCAUUGAUCCGAGACGGGACACCUACUUUGAUGACGAUGGCGGUCCACUGUUUAAGAACAACAGUGGUGUGUUAACAAUUGUUGGAAUCACUUCUCAUGGACCUUUUUCUGAACCACCCUUCUUAUGUUUAAUAAAAAGGAAAGUGAGAGUAAGCUACUACACUGACGUGCGAAAACAUCUUGAUUGGAUCUGCGAAAAUUCAGAUGUCUGCCCCGACGUCGUUGACGACAACUGUGAGCACGAAGAAGACGACGGCGAAACUGAAUCUAGAAAACCCAACGACACCCAUGAAAAUGAGGACUAA